GCGCGGCCUCGGGUGCGGGAUCAACGCCCUCCCCGACGACGUCCGCCUCGCACCUGAGCGCUGGCCAUUCUCUGGAACACUGGCCGGCGUCCCCGUACCUGGGCCCCGGAGCGCUGGGCCCACAUGACAGAGGCUGGAGCGCUGGCUGCCAGCCGGCGGACAGGUGGCUCGUUCCGUAACCGACCUGCGCUUGCGAUUCCACCCGAGCCCGUCGCCUUCCUUGCUUGAAAUGCCCCCGCCUCCUCCUCGGCGCCCAAACGAAACCGCCUCGCAACGAACACCUUCUGCUCUGCUCUCUCCCCUAUCCACCGCCUCCCUCCUCGCAACGGAGCCCACUCCCUCGCCGCCGUCCGCCUCCGCCCCGGCCGCAGCAGCAGCACCAGGCGACCAGCGCCGGCGAUGGAGCUGCUCCCCGACCGUGCGCACGUGCGGCUGCGGAGCCCCGCGCACGGGACGUACCUGUACGCCGACGAGGACGGGGUGGGCGUCUCGCUGAGGUCGCGCCGCGCCUCGCUGAGCACGGUCUGGGCGGUGCACCGGGUGGAGCGCAGCGGCAACAGCUUCGUCCUCCUGCACAGCGCCGCCUACGGCCGCUACCUCGCGUCCUCACCGGAGUACAUCAACUACGCACCAGACGGAGUCGACGGAGUCGUGCAGUGCUGCUACUUCAAUGACCUAGACCAGCAAGACAUCCUCUGGGAGGCCGUCGGGUACCGGGGCGACGCCCUAUUCCUCCACAACCCCGAGAACCGCAGAUGGUCACGGCUUUGGGCGGUCGAGGCCGUCCCCGCUAGGGUGGGACCGCCACUUCUUCCACCGCCGACUCCGAAUCCCAUGCUGCUGCGCCGCAUGAUCCUGUACAUGAAAGCAGACGAAUACGGGAAUAUUGACUAUGAGAGCACCAAGCUCUUAGUCUUCGAGGGCCAUUCAGUGUCCCGCCUCAGGGACGAGUUGGCAUUCCUGCUGGAGGAGUGGCACGCUGUUAGAAUUACUAUGUGCGUGUGGGCAGGCUCUCACGGGCGGCUGACCCCUCUGGUCGUCGACCUGCCUCUCAAUAACCAAACUGUGGAGAUUGUUGUUUAUGAGAGCUGGUCCAGAGCCCAAGGGCUACAGUACCCAAACGUCGACGCCCCGUAGAGGAAUAGCAGAGUCAAGACUUCUGACAACAAAACCAGACUUGACAAUCAAAACAUCAAUGCUUCGGAAACAAUGAGUUGAGAAU